UUGAAUCAUUGCCGACACCUUCAGAAAAGACGACGGGCAUGCGGAUUUCGUAGAAAGCUGGAAUAAAAUUGCAUUAAAAGAUGGUGAAAGUGAAGGUUCUGAGUAGAAAUCCAGAUGAUUACGUCCGAGAAACUAAGCAUGAUAUACACAAAGUUCCUCGCAAUUACGACCCGUCCUUGCACCCGUUUGAGGCGCCGAGGGAGUAUAUGAGAGCUUUGAAUGCUACUAAAUUGGAGAGAGUGUUCGCAAAGCCUUUCCUAGGGUCACUAGAAGGUCACACCGACUCUGUUCAUUGCCUCAGAAAACAUCCAACCAGUUUAUCAACUGUUGCCUCAGGUGGAUGCGAUGGCACGGUCAGACUUUGGGAUCUCUCAACAAGAGCCUGUCAAAGAACUAUCAACGCACACAAAGGUUUCGUCAGAGGGUUGUGUAUGGAUAAGACUGGCCAGUUCUUAUUCACAGUUGGAGAUGACAAAACUAUCAAGAAAUGGAGAACAUUCCCGAGAAUGAACGACACAAGUCAAGAACCUUUAAAUACCAUUAUUGGAAAGAAUAUGUACAUCUCAAUCGAUCACCACUGGAAGGAUUCUACGUACGCUACGUGCGGGUCAAAGGUCGACAUCUGGGAUGAGACGCAUGCUGACCCCAUCAGGUCAUACUCGUGGGGGUCGGAUAGUAUACACAGCAUCAAAUUCAACCCAGUCGAGACGUACAUGCUGGGCAGCUGCACGCAGGAUAGAAACAUCAUUCUGUAUGACAUGAGAGGGGCGGCACCGCUCAGGAAGGUCGUCAUGGAGAUGAGAACAAACACAAUCGCCUGGAAUCCGAUGGAGGCUUUCGUAUUCACCGCAGCUAAUGAAGAUUAUAACUUAUACACAUUUGACAUGAGAAUGUUAAAGACUGCCCUCAAUGUUCACAUGGACCACGUCUCUGCGGUUGUGGAUGUAGAUUACUCACCGACAGGCAAGGAGUUUGUGACUGGCAGCUUUGAUAAGACCGUCAGGAUCUAUGCUGCGGAUAAAGGACACAGUCGUGAGAUAUACCAUACCAAACGCAUGCAACAUGUAAGCUGUGUGAGAUGGAGUCUUGAUAACAAGUAUAUUCUCAGUGGAUCCGAUGAGAUGAACAUCAGGAUAUGGAAGGCCAACGCUUCAGAGAAACUUGGAAAGCUGAAUCGAAGAGAAGAGGCUUCCACCCUGUACAAUUCUAAACUAAAAGAGAAGUUCCAGCAUCAUCCACAGGUCAAGAGAAUCAGCAGACAUCGUCAUGUACCUAGUAUGGUCUAUAAGGAGACCAAGACCAUACGUAUACAGAAGGAAUCGAGAAAACGAAAGGAGCACAACCGAAGAAAACACAGCAAGCCAGGAACAGUGCCAUUCAAAGCCGAAAGGAAGAAGCAUAUCCUAUCAGAAGUCGAAUGAUCAGACGCUCUCUUUGAUAUUUAUUUCUCAUUUUUGUGAACAUUGUGCCCAUAAUGCCUGCUUUAUAGAGUAUUCCAGGCUAGGGCCCCGCUUUAACCAAGGAUUGUGAUCGAUCCAAUCAGUCUCACAUAUGGAAAGCCAGCCACACCAUUAUUCCAGGCUAGGGCCCUGUGUUACAAAAAAGUGUCAGUCCCAACUAUGGAAAGCCAGCCACAACAUCAUGUCAGGUUAGGACCAUGUUUUCCAAAGGAGUGUGAUGAUCCAAUUAGUCUCAACUAUGGAAAGCCAGCCACACCAUCAUUUCUAAGCUAGGGCCCUGUUUUACAAAGGAGCAUGAUGGAUUUUAAUCAGUGGCAACUUUGGGAAGACAGCCACACCCUCAUUCCAGGCUAGGGCCCUGCAUGUGUUUUACAAAGGAUUGUCAUCGAUCAAAUCAGUCUCAACUAUGGAAAGCCAGCCACACCAUUAUUCCAGGCUAGGGCCCUGUUUUACAAAGGAGUGUGGUGGAUUCAGUCAAUCCCAACUAUGGAAAGCCAGCCACACCAUCAUUCCAGGCUAGGGCCAUGUUUUGCAAAGGAUUGUCUUCGAUCAAAUCAGUUGCAACUCUGGAAAGUCAGUCAAACAAUCAUUCUAGGCUAGGGCCAUGUUUUACAAAAAAAGUGUCAGUCCCAACUAUGGAAAGCCAGCCACAACAUCAUUCCAGGCUCGGGCCAUGUUUUACAAAGGAUUGUCUUCGAUCAAAUCAGUCCCAACUAUGGAAAGCCAGACACACCAUCAUCCCAGUCUCAGGCCCUGUUUUACAAAGGAGUGUGAUGGAUUCAGUCAAUCCCAACCAUGGAAAGCCAGCCACACCCUCAUCUGGAAUUCAUCUGUCAUUUCUGUGGAUCGUUUCAUCGACAUCUGUCAACAACAAAUCAUAGCUGACAAUUUUCCUUGGUGUUGAUUGGCUGAGAAGGACAAGUAUCUGACUGUUUCUAUAGUAACUGUCUGAUUAAAGAAACAUUUAAAAAUCUGGGAAGGUUUAGACAAAGAACUCUGAUGCUGUUGGCUUUCCAUAAUAUGUAAGAUUGAUCAUAACAAUCACAUUUAUUUACGAUGACCAGGACAUUCCAUUCCUUUGUUUGAAUAGCUCGCCACCAUUGAAGAGUGAUUCUAAUAUUCAGAUAUAUGAGAUGGCGUAUGUGUUCUUUGUGCUAAGCAAAUGCCAAAAAAAAAAAAUUAACAACAUGAACGUUAUUAUUGGUUUACACAGUUGUCCAAUAAAACAAUACUGCAGGUUUCAUGAAAAUAACAUAAAAAGAUAUAAUUAUACACAUAGAGUUGCCAACCAUGAAAAAAAAUAGAAUUUGUUAUGAAAUUAUGACUAGAAUACAAAGAUACAAAAGGACAGUCUAAACCUAUUCCAGAAAGGAAUUGAUGGAAAGGGGGGGAAGUAAAAUAAAGUAUGUUGUAUUUUAA